AUGCAACGCGACUUAGUAAUAAUCGCAGUGUUGUUUUUGUUUAUAAACACUGGCCAUGGCAAGAUCUGCCCCUCGAUCGAGAUCAAAAAUAAGCCCAGUGAGUUGGAGCAGUUGCGGAACUGCACCAUCAUCAUGGGCUAUCUCAGGAUCGUCCUUCUUGAUAGUGUGAAAGAGGAAAGUGCGUUCGAUAAUCAUACGUUUCCUGAGCUUACGGAAAUCGUGGACCAUUUGAUGCUCUACCGAAUUCCGCAUCUCACGUCCCUCAACAGGCUUUUUCCCAACUUGAGGAUCAUACGAGGAAGGAGAGUGUUCCGGGAUUACUCGCUUGUGAUCUUCAAGUUGAACCAUCUUGAGGAGGUGGGUUUGAAAAAUCUACAACACAUCGAAGGAGGGAUCAUGAUCGGGGGCUGCAAACAGUUGUGUUACGCCAAUACGGUGGACUGGAACGCUCUGGGGGCUUUCGCAUUCCAUUUCCAGGAACUACCAACGUGUAAAAGUGAACUCUGCCCGAAGAACUGCGUCGGACGCUGCUGGAAUAAGGAUACUUGUCAAAAGCCGUCGACCGGAUUCUGCGAAUUCUUCGAAGAUGAGGGCAAAUGCGUGAAAUCCUGCCCCAGGCACAAGGUUCAUAAUUACGACAUAAUGAAAUGUAUGACCAGAAAAGAAUGCGAGACGAUGCUGAACGGCACUUGGUGGGUCUUUAACGACACUUGCGUUGAGACUUGUCCCAUUUAUAACAACCGGGAUAAGAACGCCAAAGGGGGAUGUGUUUACGCGGGAAAGAAAUACAAGAAGGAGUGCAGAGGAGGUCUUAUCGAGAAAUUGGAUGUGUUGCAGGAGAUGAAAGACUGUACGCACAUAAAUACCUCUCUGGAGCUACGUAUAACUCAGGAUUAUUUGGUGCCCUACCUGGAGAAAUACCUCGGCAAUGUUGUCAGUAUUUCGGGAUAUUUGAACGUUUCCAGGUCCGGGAAUAUUAAAUCGUUGGAAUUUUUUAAAAAUCUUGAGCUUAUUAAAGGAGAGGAAUUGGCAAAUAACGUGUACGCGCUUUACGUGUUUCAAAAUAAAAACCUGGAGAAACUGUGGGACUUUGAUGAUAAUUUUAAUUUAACAAUAAGGCAUGGGUCCAUUCAGAUUCACGAUAACCGUUUUUUGUGCCCCUCUGAUAUAAUAAGACUGGAGGAGAUUGUCGGCGCUAAAACGGACAAUGACACUAUUAUUUUUCGCUAUUCAAAUGGCUACAACUCCGUUUGCAAUCAGAAGAACAUGACAGUUAAGAUUCUUGAGAAUAAUCCAACAAACGUAACACUCGCGUGGCAACGAGCCGACUCAACAACCGACAACGAAGUCACCAUCGGUUACACAAUAUACUACGUGCCGGUGUUGGAGGGCAAUAAUAUCACCGCGUUUGAAAAUAAGGACGAAUGCAGUGUGGACGGUUCUUAUGGCAUUUUCGUCCGCGAGAACAAAGUCCAACUUGUUUCGCUGCGUCCGUUUACGCGUUACGGCUACUACUUUAAAAUCUACACGACCAACCCUCAAGAAGCCAAAACCCCGGUUUAUUACUUUGUUACGGCGUCAACAGAGCCUCCUCCACCUAUCGAUUUCGACGCCGAGGCUGUAAGCGACACGAGUGUUGUCCUCAGCUGGAAACCCCCGUCUCUGUUCAACGGCCGUUUCUCGCACUACGAGUUGACAACUUUUGUUGAAGAAGAUUACGUUCCCUUGAUCCAACAGAGAAAUUAUUGCUACUUCCCACACGUCGAAAUUGAAAAACCCAAAGUCCCCAUAGUCCCGAAAGUUCCCAAACUCGCCGAGGACUUAACAAACACAACGAAUUGCACUUGCAGUAAAAAACCCUUCGCACAGUUUUUCACCGAAGAUGUGACUUGCACAAACGGCGGCCGGAUUGAUAGCUGCAUUAGGAGCAUUUCGCACCAACCACCGAGCUAUUUCUCCGGUAAACGAGACAUUGACAACGAAACUCAAGUCAAAUUAUUCAGUUCUAACGCCACGUCUUACGAGUUUAAGAAUUUGAGACACUACACCUUGUACGUGUUUUACUUGCGGGCGUGCAACGUUAGGGAAGACACGGGGGAGCUGCUCUGUGGCAGUUUGGUGAUGGUCACGGAACGAACGAGGAAGCGCAAGAGUGCGGAUGCGAUCAAGUCGGUCCGGGUGGCCACUGAGGAGAAAAACGCCCGGGUCAGGUGGUCCAAACCGGAGGAAUCCAACUCGAUUCUAGUCGCGUAUCAAGUGGAGUACAAACGAACCGACUCCGAAUAUUCCAAGCCAAAGUCCGAGUGUUUAACCGAAGGGUUAUUUAAUACUCUAGGCCAGGAGUAUAAUCUACUAGGGUUGAACCCGGCAAAGUAUGCCAUUCGGGUCCAAGCCAUUUCGUUGGCCGGUCCCGGGACUUUCAGCGAGUGGAGGUACUUCGAAAUCGUGGCGGAACCAAGCAGUGCGUACAAAAUCUACACUCCGAUUAUCGUUAUUUCGGUGAUUGUGUGCCUCCUGGGUGGGGGGUACUACUGGUACCGCAAACGGUACUUCAAGAUUGAGCGCAACCACCUCAUCACUAGUAUAAACCCGGACUACGUCGGCCCAAUUUACGUGGAGGACGAUUGGGAGAUCGACCGCAACGACAUUGAGAUUAUCCGAGAGUUGGGCAAAGGGUCCUUCGGGACUGUCUACGAAGGGCUGAUCAAGUCCAGGCAGUACCCUUGCGCCAUCAAAACCAUAAGCGAGAAAUCAUCAAUCUCCAGUAAAAUGGAAUUUUUGAAUGAAGGCUCCGUGAUGAAGUCGUUCAGUGAGACGCACCACGUUAUCAAACUCCUCGGGAUUGUGUCACGUGGCGACCGCCCUUUCGUCAUAAUGGAGCUGAUGGAGCGUGGAGAUUUAAAGUCGUACUUGAGGCGCUGCCGCGGCCCUUCACAGAACCUCACCACUAACGAAAUUUACCGCAUGGCCUCCGAAAUCGCCGACGGGAUGGCCUACCUCUCGGUGAAAAAGUUCGUUCAUCGAGACCUAGCCGCGCGUAAUUGCAUGGUGGCCGCUGACCGCACGGUGAAAAUCGGCGACUUCGGCAUGGCUCGCGACAUUUACGAGACUGAUUACUAUAGAAAAGGGACUGCAGGGCUGCUGCCCAUCCGCUGGAUGGCCCCCGAGAGCCUCGCCGACGGGGUUUUCACCACGGACUCGGACGUGUGGAGUUACGGGGUGGUGCUGUGGGAGAUGGCCACUCUGGCCGAGUUGCCGUACCAGGGGCUGGGGGCCGAGGAGGUUCUCCAGUUCGUGACCUCAGGGCGGACGCUGGACAUGCCGCCGCAGUGCUCGGAUCUCUUGCACAAGAUAAUGAGCGCGUGCUGGAAGUGGCGGCCUAACGACAGACCCACGUUUUUCAGUAUAGUGGACGAGUUGGUGAAUCAUGUGGGAGAGGAUUUCCGGCUGGUGGCGUUCUGCUUUAGCCGGCAGGGGACCGAGUUGCGCUUGAAUGCGGUGCCGAGGGUCUAUAAUCCCCCGGCGAUGAUGGGGACUACCAUGACUGGAGACGAGGGGUUUAGUCACUAUGACCGCUCGGAGGAGGAAGUCAAUUUGUAUAUGAACAAAUCAAACCGUCCAACGAAAUUUCUACCUUUCUCAAACCAAAGAAUGAAUAAGUCGUCGCCAUAUCAGUUAAGUCCAGGCUCACCGUCGUCGACAUCCUCCUUCAAUUCAUCCUAAAUGUUAAGUCUAUUAAAACUAAAUGUGAUAUGUGAUGUUAGUCACUAGGAUUAUUAUUUAAGUGUGUCCUGCCUUAGAGUGAGUGCGGAGAAUGAUUUUUAUUAAUUCCAGGGGAUCAAUGUUACCUAAGUUUAUUUAAGUGGAUAGUAUUUUGUAAA